GGCAGUAGAUUUAUAACUGCUGCUACAAAUACCAGACUCGGAAAGACAGACGAAGUGCAGAGCAAUGAAAGGUUAUUCCUUGGUGACAGGUUGGAGCUCCAGCAUGCGAAGCCUGGUGCUGCAGGUACUCGCUAUGAGGCAGUUCGGACGGUUGAACCCUCGCCACCUGCUAGCAGCUGGUUAUGGACCUAGGAGGACUGAGUGGUGCCCCAGAACCAUUCAUACUCGGCAGCUGUGGGGCUGCUCGACUUUCUCUGCACUUGGUGGUCACCGCCCUGCCCUCAAGACCUGGUCUUUGUACCAUCUGCGAUUUAAAAGCAAGAAGAAAGCUCCUUCACGUGCAGCCCAGGAACAGGAAGAUGAUUCAGAGGAUGAAAAUGACCCUGAGGAGAGCGAUUAUGAAGAUGAAGAUCCUAAUUUACCUAAAGAUUAUAAAGAUAUGGAGAAAUAUGUACCAUCUUUCCGCUAUGACGUUGUGUUAAAGGCUGGUUUGGAUUUAGCACGCAACAAAAUCGAGGAUGCGUUCUACAGCAACAAGCUCCGACUAAAUGGACAGAAACUAAUCAAGAAAAGUAAAACGGUUAAAGUUGGGGACAUCUUGGACCUCGUGCUGGCAGAGAACAGCGAAGCCAACACCGUCACUCUGAUGAGAGUCAUUCUCAGAAAGGUUUUAGGUGAAUCUAAUGAUGGCGAUAAAUACAAAGUUUCCAUAAGGAGGUGGAAAAGCCUUGAACUUGCCAAGGAUGAAGCCUUCAAACCAUGAACUUGUAAUGAAUCUGAAACAAAAGGGAUAAAAGUGCUCACAUGAGUGGGAUUAUAAAUUUACCUCAAGGUACUUGCUCUCCAGUGAUCAGUGGUGUAAAAGAAAAGUUUUAUUUACUUCCCUCCCCCUUAUAUCAUUUGCCAAUAAAUGUGCAUUUUAAAUGUGUAAAACUUAUUCUUCUCUUUUAUAGAGGUGUUUAGAGUACAUUUCUGCAAAUCAUGUAUACACUGAUCAGGGUUUUGUAUGAUUAGGGGAGUGUUGCUCUGGUCUGUUGUGUAGAAGGAGUUGAUCCAAUACAUCUGAUCUGUAUGCUUCCCUGUGGAGGUUUUCCAGGUAUAU